GACUAUUCGAAAGCGCGUAUAGUGGCAAUCGAGAAGUAGUGCUGCAUCUAUAGUCAUCGCUAACUCACAAAUAUCGUCGAACACAAGAGCUUGGAAACAGAGUGAAACUGCCGCUGCCGACUUCUUUGUCUCAAUUGUCACGCUGCCUGGUACGUCUACGCUGAGGAGGUUUUUAGAUAAACGCUCCACAGUGGUUGGGCUGCCACGACGUCAGAUUGCAAAGUAUGGAGAGCCACGACUUGAAGCUGGAGGUCGACGACGACCCAGAAUUUGACGACAGUGACCUCUACGACACCAACGAGACUGUUAGUGGAGGUGAACCUCAAUCUCAACAAAGCACCAAAAAUGAAAAGUUAUCCAGUCACCCCGAGGCCCUGGAUCGGUCUGACAUGAUGUCACAGUCAGAGCCAAUGAACGGUAUCCAAGGGGCAUCGGAAGCAACGACGAGCAGCAUCCGGAACGAGUUAAACAUUGCUAAGGUUGAGGAGUCCUCAACUCACCAGUCGGCAAUCGACUUCAGCCAAGGAAAGGAGCGCGGCGGGGAAUCAAAUAAUUCAACAGAAGAAGUGGUCAUGAGCGAUACACACGAUUCAGAGCGACCAUCGACUGCACUAGGAGAUGGCGCCGCGGGUUCCUCAAACACCAAUGGACAUACCUUGACAUUCGACCGAGACUUCAUCGAAGCAGCACGUGCGAAUCGCGGAGAUCCCGAGGCGGAAUUUGAAGAGGACUCAGAUCCCGAAAUCUCAGAUGACUCAACAGACAGCGACUCGGAUGAUUCCAGCAGCGACGACGACAGCAGCGAUGACGACGAUGACAGCUUGAUCCUUGAUCCUGCGGAGGCGGCGCGCAUGCUCAUGCGCGCCUCGUCGCCGGACGAAGGCGGCGCGGGUGGCGGUCCUCCUCGGACGGCGAACGAACAGCAAGAGAAACCGCUUGACAUUCCCGUCAUCGCGAAUAUCAACGAGAUCGGGCUCGUGGAGCUCGGCCACAUCAGCCACAGGAUCAACGACGAGAACUGUGCCGUCAUCAAGGCGACAGUGCAUGCAAAUCACAACGUCCUGCAACCAGGCUCUGCACUGUGCCUAGCUGACCGCACACUCAUACGGCCCAUAUCGGACACGAUUGCGCAGGUGCAGGAGCCAUACUACGUGGUGUACUUUGAGUCGGCGGAGGAGAUGGACAGGCUAGGCGUGCAGGACAGCGUCAAGGUCUUCUAUUUGGAUCACCCGGACCACCGCGCGUUCGUGUUCUACGAGGAGCUUCGCAAGCAGAAGUUCACGGACGCGUCCAACAUCAACGACGAAGAGGUCGACGAACGCGAGAUCGAAUUCUCGGACGACGAGCAGGAGGCUGCUUACAGGAAUCGGAAGAAGGAGGAGAAGAAGAAGCAGCAGAAGCAGCAACAGCGGAAGAACGCGGAGGACGGUGGCCAGAGCGUACCUUCGGACCAGGCCUCGCAGCACUCGGCGCACAGAGGUCGUGGCGGCGGCGGCCCUAAAAGUGGCCGCGGACGUGGUCCACGCGGUCGAGGCCGUGGCGGAAGGGGAGGCUGGCAGGACUACGACUCCAGCGGCGCCCCCCAGCAAGGGUAUGCUCCUCUACCGGCAACGCAGCCAAGCGGAGCUCUCGACUACGGCGACGACGGAAGCGACGGGUACUACCGCAAGCUGCGCCGACCGAACGACUACGGCACGUGGCAGAACACCCCGCAGCCGCAGCCGCAGCCUCAGUCAGAGCCUCAGGCGCCGGUCUCGUACGGCGGCGCGUACAACGCCCCCCCCCAGCAAGGCGGCUUCCCCAGCUACGGGCCCCAGACCCCGAGCCAGCCGUAUCAGCCUGCCGUCGGCAGCUGGGCGACGGGCGGAGCGGCCCCGCUCCCUCCGCACCUGCAGUCCUUCCUGUCGAGCAUAGUGUCCACGCAGAGCAACCACGGACCCGGAGUGGGCGGCCAAGCCAACGCCGCCAGCUUCACCGCGCCACCACCACCACCACCGCCGCCGCCACAGAGCGGCCUCGCCACUCAGCCCGGAGCGUACCAGGGCCUGCCGUACGCCGGAUAUCCGGCGGGACCCGGCAGCAGCGGCGCGGGAGCCGGCGCCCCGCCCGCGCAGCCCUUCGGCUUCGGCAACCCCUACUUCAGCUUCCCGGGCGCGCAGCCGGCCCCGUUCGGCGGCCACGGGUCUCAGGGCGGGCGCGGAAACGGCAACGGCGCGUAG